AGGACAGUUAAUUUUUCCUCUUCUUUAGAUCGGGGGUGUUUUGGGAGCAGUUGGUGUGGCGUUGCGGUCCUUGGAUCGCCAUAGCCAGUUAGGGGAAACAGGAAGUUUGUUUCCCUCUCGUGGCGCCAGAAGGAUAGUCCGGAGAGACGGAAAAGAGAGUUUUCUGCAUGCAGCUUUCGCUCUACUCUAAGUUGUUCGCUUCUCUGGAUGCUCCCUUUCAUGUCUAGCUCCCGUUCGCUGCCACAGGAUCCAGCGUCUCGCAUCGUCAGUGUCGGACAUUUUGAUGAGCCUGGAAAAUUGCGAUGCAAGAAGACUGCGUAUGAAGACAUUUGGAAGCUGUGACCUGUCACUUACACCCUCAGUUAAUUCAAGGAUAACUGGGAAUCCUCCUGUCCGGUUUGUACUGGUUCCAAGUUGGAAGUAAGACUUCAAAAUUUCUGAAGUCUCCGUUUACAAAUCAUAUUCGCGAUGGAGAGCUUUGCAACACCGUAUCCAGUGGUCUUUUGCGACGGAGACCAAGAGCAUGAUAAAGGUGUCGUGGGAGUGCACUCUGUGCUAUCUUUCAAACGGUUUCAAGCUUUGAUGAGUCAGAAAACAGGAAUUCCUGCCAAUCAGCUUUCAGCGGUAUUUGUUUGUCGCAGAACACUGAAGGAUACAGAUAAGCGCCAGAAACUUCCCAUCAACGAAAACACAAAUUUCAACAUUAUCUUAAACCAGCAUAAUCCAAGCAGAGAGAAGGACUGUCAUUUUCUUGUUUCGAUCAAGAAGUCGAAGAAGGAAAGGAAAGGCACCAGGAAGCGCAAUGCAGAAGCAGAGAACGCAGAUGAUGAGGAUUCGAAUUCCUCGAGAGGAGAUUCCUCGCCUUCAGAUGAACGGCCUAAACCUGGUUGUGGCACGGAAGAGCCCUUUUCUCCCCAUUCGACGUUGCCACCAGCAUACUUACAGAGGUCGUCCUCACCACCUGCUACCCCGUCACCAAAUGCAAAUGGACAGAGGAUAAGCAACAGUUCACCGAAUGGUAAAGUUACCAUGACAGCAGCUGAAGGGAAAGUGGAGCGGACUCUACUGAGACGGGAAGGGAAGGGACAGAAUGGUUUCGCCAGUCCACGUGCAGGAUGGCAGAAUGGAGGUAUGCUGAACCAGCGAGUGGAAGGUUUCUGUCUUCCUCCAGCUGGGAAAGGGGAGAGUCCUCAAUCUUCACAUGGUCAAAAUAUUGAGGAACGACGCAAAAUGGAGAAUAAGGCGUGGGGGGCGCAGGAAGAUGCUGCUGACCCUAGUAGACAGUCGGUGAGAAUGAACGGUCAUGGAGCUGCUCAACAACCGAAGCACUUUCUGCAAGGUCCUCUGGUGGACCUAUUCCUCCAAGAAAGGUUAAAUGAUUCUAUGCCUCACAGUCCUAGUGUGAGACCUGGUUUCAAUGGAAUGACAAGGAACAGCAUCAUGCAGAGCAAUGCUCCUCCUAUGACCUCCCGCUCCUCAACAUUUUCAUCAACCCCUAUGUCAAGCGCCUCUCCAUCCCCCACGAGGGGUGCAAUUGGCAGUUUUCUACCUCGAAUGGUAACGGGCCAGAGUAAUUCGUUGAUGCUGCAGCAGGCCCAAGCACACAUGUCUCAUUUGCAGCAACAACAUCAACAUCACCAGUCGGUUGCGAUGUCUCCUUUGGAAUUUUCAAAACUAAGUGGGGUCUUCCGAAGUCUGGUGGGAAGGGAAAGUAGAGGAGACACUCAGAAUAUAUGUAAACUCUGCUGUAUCUGGCAGGAAAGGAAUGCUGCAGAGCCCCCUUUUCACUGGUGUGUGAACGACACCAUUACCAUGGGAUUCAGGGGUCCUUCCCCAGCCGGACCUAUAGGUAGGCCAGGCAGACGGCCUGUUGAAGCGGCAACUUAGAUGAAGAUGGAAUCUGUGAAUAUUUUUGAGUGGAUCUAUGAUGCACUCCAUGUUCGUGUAGAGUGUAAAGGGUUCACGACAAGGUCUGUAGGAGUGGACCUCUCUUAAAAACUUGUGAACAGUUAGCAGUAAAGUAGGAUAUUGACGAUAAAAUUCGGGGAGUCUAGGCUUCAAAAGACAUUUGCCAAGAUGCGCAUGCGGCGAGCUUCCCAUAGUUGGGGCUUUCUUAGUACCCCUCUCAUCCCAGCCUGCCUUUUUGCUGUGUGCGUUCACCAACCCUGUAGCAUGGCUGUAUCAAAGACUUAAAACCCUAAUAUAGUGAGACAAUUCUUUCCUGAUUA